UACAUGGCUAAGUUCCUGUCAAAAAUACGGAAUAUCAUCAAGAUCAAUGACAUAACCCCAGCUCUCUUGGAAAAGUGGGGUCCCGAGGAAUGCGACACGAGACGUAUCCUAGCAACAGCAUACCGUCUAACCCACUAUUUUGGCUGGGAUGAUCUGAUCUACGGUCACAUCACUGUCAGAGUGCCAGGAGCAGAUGAUCACAUGCUGAUAAACCCGUACGGACUACACUACACGGAGGUAACCGCGAGUAACCUUAUCAAGAUCAAUUAUUCCGGCCACGUGAUAGACCAGGGGUCUACCAAGUUCCCUUUCCAACCUGUAGGGUAUGUGAUCCACUCUGCUAUCCACUCUCAGCGACCUGAUCUUGGGUGUGUCAUGCACAUUCACAGUAAAGAAGGGAUCGCGCUGACUGCUGCAGUUGAGAAGAUUGAGCCAGUCACUCAGGCUAGUGUUGAGUUAGGACAGAUCAGUUAUCAUGAUUUUAGAGGGAUAAUAUUCCGUCCGGAGGACAAAGAACCCCUGAGCAGAGAUUUCCCAGCUCCCUCAAAGACACUGAUUCUAAGAAACCACGGUCUGCUCACUGGAGGUAAGACGGUUGAAGAAGCGUUCAACAUCAUGUACUUUCUCCACCAGGUGUGCCAGUGUUAUGUAGACAGCGGGUUCACUCACUCCCCAGUACCACCCAGCAGGCUUAUUUCUCAGGAGAUAGUGGACCUGUCCCGGGAUGGAACUGAUAGUUGUAGGUUUGAUACAGGUUACGGGGACCAGGAGUUCGAGGCACUAGCGAGGCUGCUGGACUAUCAGGGGUUUGAGACGGGGUAUCCCCACAGCCAGGCCUCCAGGACUUUAUUGGACCAGAAUAUGAAGUGAGGAUGUUGGGAAACCGGGCUUGUGGUUAAAUUGUCAUGAUUUAAGUGUGAACAUGUUGAAGAUGGCGGGACAAAGCUACUUGUCUAUGUUACUGAAGGAAGUUGGGACAAACUCUAAAGAGGAACUGCGAACCCCUGA